CCAAGGUACAGUUGCGGGUUUCUUCGGUUAAAUUGUAGAUGGUGCAGGAACAGAAAUCCUGAUCAAGCGAAUUCAUUUUCUCCCGCUUUCUGUCUGAUUUUGCUUAAAAAUUCACCGUCAUGUACAGAAUUCAGAAAACCAUCUUCAGUUCCUUGCAUCGCGACCGGGCGUGGGCCUACCAGGAAAUCAUGACAGAAGCCAUGUUUGUGCUCUUUUUGGGAUGUCAUCUAUCGCUGAAGUUUGGCACACGCAUUUUCCCUGAGUGGCAAGACACGCGAGUAGAUCCCGACCACCCAUCCGGUUUGGAUGAAAUCCUACAAGUGUUCUCCGGUUACAAAAUGAACGGCUGCAAGUGGGAUGACAUUGUAUCACCGUGGCUACCGCUGUCCACCACCCCGGUCUUCAACGCCACAGUUUCCUCGACCAGCCACUCAGCGUUGGGCUUCAUCGGAACAGUGGCGGUGCUGGGCAUAACGGCGGUAUUGGCGGUCUCCCUUUCUUUUGUCCCUGCUGGUCAACGUGUUCUGGACUUCGGCCCCGUGGACGGGUCACCUGUCAUACUGCCGGCGCGUUACGACGGCCGUCGGUUUCAAUCCGAACUAUCGCACCAUGGACAGUCUCGAGCACUGUGUCAAUCCAGACAUGCCAUGGCGACCUUACAUCGCGUUUCUGAUCAUGUAUCUCGGUGUCCCUUGGGUGUGGCUCGUUGGUUGUGUGCUGCCGCUGGUAGCUGUGGCGGGAAUGAUGCUGGCGGUGAUCAGUAGUGUGGUAGGUGUUCAGGCCAUCUUUCCGUGCGUUGUGGUCGGGGUUUUUGCCAUCGGUAUCCAUUGUGUCGGAAGAAUUUGGGGAGUGUGGACGACUGAAACGUACUGGACAAGGAUGAGCCGUUUUAGAAGAAAGUUAUGCGGUUCAACUUCCUCUGUGAUGGAUAAACUGCCCAAAUUGUCGGAAUCGCAGAAACCCACACUACGCGUUUCCAACGGCAUGGAACCGUUGCCGUAUAUGAUCCGAUUUGUCAGAAAAGCCUGGAUGUUUCUCUUCGAAUGUACUGUCUUAACCGGCUUUACCUACAUUCUGUCAAGCCGCUUCCCCCAAACAGCGCGCGCACUGCAUGCUCUCACAGCACCGGAAGCCGGCAACUGGAGUUACUGGACAUAUAAAAACUGCACCAAAUGCUGCUAUAAUUACGCCACGGGUAUGGGUGACAUCACGGCGAUGCUGUCAUAUUGGAUCGAUUUGGGAUAUCCGCGCUGGAACACCGACAGUGCCACCCUUCUGGAUCUGUUCAACUCGACCUUCUCCCCAGCCGUGAAUCGGCUGUUCUUGGCGUGGACAGGCUCGAUACUGGUCACGGUGGCUUUGCCAUACAUCCUCAUCGGCAUUUUCGUCUUGUGUGCCUUGUACAAUAUGCUGGUUGGAGGCUGCACCAGCAUGUUUACUGGGUGGUCAACAACCGCCACGAACGUUAGCAAAAGUGAACCACCGAUGGGUCAGUGGAAGGUAUCUAAGGAUAUGCAACUGUGCAAGGAUCAGCGGAAAACCCCCGGGGACUUUUGCGUGUGUGCAUUGUGGGCCGAAAUCCAGCGCCUUCUGCUGAGCGCUUUGAGCCGGAUGUGCUUCUGGUUGUUUACCGUUUUGCCGCUGGUGGAAUGUUUUUGUCCGGAACGAUAUCAACUGGUGGUCGUCCUGUUGCUGCUUAGCUGCUACACGGUCUGGCUGUACGGAGGGCUUAUCCACUUCCUUUACCGGUCGCAUCGCUCCUGGUUGAAAUGCUCACGCACUUGACGAAGGAGCGCACAAUCUGCAUUAAAAAAAGUACCAGGAAAAUCCGUAUCCGGUUGUCGAUUUCAUAUGCUGCUGCUCUGGAAUUCCUAAUUAUGUAGUUUCAUCUAAAAUUUUCCACUGCGAAAUACUUUUUUACAAUUUCUAAAGUCGGUCACUGUACAUGUGUAUUCUUCCACGCAAUAUUCUACGCUGUUGUUCAUUUCGAUAAUGUCACUGGACAGUAUGCAUACCAUUAUUUUUGCUUAGCGAAGUAUAGUGCUUGGACUUUUUCAGUAUGUAUUGUAUCAGCCUUUCUUGCCCUGGCCAACUGCCACCGGCUAACAGGGUUUCGUACACAGUUUCGAAAGCGGUUUCGUACAUUAAUUUAAUUGCUUACUAUUACACUGCUAGCAGAAUUCGCUAUAUUCAAAAUAAUGGUGGUGCGGAU